AUGGCAUCGUGUCAAUACUGUUUAUGCCCCAUUGCAGAUGCCCUAGAAUGUACCCAGAUGCCAAGACGUACAGGUUGUAUUAAACAGAAAUAUCUAAGACGUUACCUCCCGAUAGCUCUGAUUCUUGGUUUCGUAGUGUUCACAUUCAUCCAAGUGGAUCCAACAAAUCCUCCUUGUCCGGUGACUUCAAGUUUUGGUACACGGCUAUUGCAUGUGUUCGGGAAACCCGUAGCCAGAUUCAUCACAACGUCAUUGAAUUAUUUUCAACAGAUAUUGGAAAUAGUUGUCGAUUUCUUUAGCGACUUGUGCAUAUUCAUAAAAAAUGAAAGGAACUGCCCAGCCUUCAAGCGCCGUCCUAAGAGAACUCCAAACAUAAUGAGAAUUUGUUCAGACACUCAAAAUAAAGGAAAAGGAUCAAAUAGCUCCAUAUUUACAAGUUGUUCCAGCUCGUCUUGUCCUGAGAAAACUGUAAACACAGCUCUUCUGAAGUCCAAAACAUUUAGGCGUCACAACAAAGUUUAG